ACUGCGCUGCUGAUGUUCCAUUGGGACCUGGGAUCUCGGGUGGAGCAGGAGGGUCUGUGCCGAGACCUCCAUUAACCCCCCCUACCCCGUACCUGGCCCGGAACCUGCUCCCGGUGGAGCCACCCUGGGCUCUGACCGCCUCGCUGCAGAGCUGCAGCCUCCAGGUGUCUGACUGAGAUCAGGGCUCUUAUCGUACUGAGCAUGGCCCUGUUCUGCCAGGCACUGAAGAGACCCCAGGUGAGAUCAGACCCCACUGUUGUGCCAGGCUACAGAAUAUUGUCCACUUUUCACUCCAAAUCAUCCCAUCCUCCCAGGGGGAAGGAAAUGGUUGCAAUGGAGCUGGCUCAGGGGCCGGUGACCUUCGAGGAGGUGGCUGUGUAUUUCACCAGGGAAGAGUGGGCUCUGCUGGAUCCCACUCAGAGAGCCCUCUACAGAGAUGUCAUGCAGGAGAACUAUGAGAUGGUGGUCUUGCUGGUAGGGUUUCCAGUUUCCAAACCUGAUGUGAUCUCACAGCUGGAACGAGAGGAAGAGGCAUGGGUCCUGGACCCCCAGGGCUCUGAGAAAGAAGUGCUCCCAAGAGCUGCCUUCACAGAGAAUGACCCAUGUCUGGAUUCUCUCUGUCUCCCAUCUGAUGAUGGGAUGGUGAGUGAGAACGAGGAGGAGAAACCCCAGCAGGAAGAUGCUGUGCAAGUAGAACCACAUUGGAUGUUAUCAGGAAGAUUCAAAGGGAAUGUUUCCAGGAGUUGUGCACUCCAAGAAAACACAUAAUCCUGUGAGGCUCAGCAGAGGCCAGAGGAAAACUACAGUAGCCACUCAGACCUUAUUCCGCGCGACAGAAUCAACUUGGAAGAGAGAC